UAUGAAUGCUGUGCCAUCUGCAUGUUAACUUGGUUAUGACAUCAGGUCAUAUCUCGUCCUCUGCUCACACUGCAUUCUGAUUUGGCAGCCGGGGAAGAGCCAGACAAGAGCCAUCGUUGGAUUUCUAGAAGAGAUAGACAACGAGGACAAUCUGUUAAUCAAUUAAUCGUGAUUAAGAAUAUAGAGUACUGUGUAUUCCCUCUUCACACUGUCUUUACAUUGAUAAUCCGAGUAUGCGCACUGAACGCCAUUGUCUGCCAGCAGCAAGAGUGAGAGCGAGCGAGCGCGCGGAUAUGAUAGUGCAGGGGAGCGACAUACAUUGACCCGAAUCUCCGGGAACCGGAGAACAAGUGGACUCGGACACACAUCGUUGGAAAGACAUACUGGCAGACAGACAGCAACAGUUGUCAUUGCUAUGAUCAGCUGAGCCAGUCAAGGCAAAAUAAUACAUGUAAAUGUGGUAGCCAAUUGCGGAGAAGCGCUACUGUCGGAUACGUUUGUUGCGCUUUGUGUUUGUCAACCUUGUUGUGAUUUGGGGCAGGCUACCUGUCAUUAGCUGUGAGGGAAAACGUGUUGCUUAUCUUUAUCGUUUUGUUUUUCUGUCAUUCGUUUGACAUCAUCCUAUAGAUUCUAGUUUUUCUCGGUUGGUGUGAAUCAAAGCACCCAGUCGCUCAUGCUGCGGUCAGGGAAAUGGGCUGUUGCGUCUGUUAGUCAGACUUGACAACCCAGAUUUUUUUUAGGUGCCGUUUUGUCUUUGGCAAAGGGCGAGAAGUCCACUGCAGACAGGCGUGUCGGGGGCGAUUCCAGUGACGGCUCGACUCUCUGCGGAGCCCCCAUUUCAACAACCCCCACCCAUUUUGCUCGGGUACUUUGGAUGGGGGGCAAGCAAAGUACGGCAGGGCGGCCACGGGGUGCUUUUCCCGGUGUCUCGACGGAUGACAGCGCAGUGCCGCCCUCGGCUCACUUUGGCCACUACCGACCGAGUGGCACUAUGGGGCUACGCAGCCGCUCAGUGAGUUCAGUGGCUGGGAUGGGCAUAGAACAUAGUCCUGCGGUGCCCUUUGGGUUUUAUACCCCCAGAGGAACAGACUCGGACAGGGCCGGAGGGGGGUCUGGCACUAACGCUGCCCAUGGUAACGGCUACCAGGAAACAGGCGGCGGGCAUCACACGGACGGUAUGCUCUAUCUGGGAUCCCGAGGGUCGUUGGCAGACACCUUGCCCCUGCACAUUGCACCCCGGUGGUUUAGCGCCCACAGUGGGUUCAAGUGUCCUGUCUGCUCCAAGUCUGUGGCGUCCAAUGAGAUGGAGGUGCACUUCAUCAUGUGUCUAAGCAAGCCCCGCCUGUCAUAUAAUGAUGACGUGCUAGCAAGGGAUGCUGGGGAAUGUGUGAUCUGUCUGGAGGAGCUGCAGCAAGGAGACACCAUCGCCAGACUGCCUUGUCUCUGCAUCUAUCACAAAAGCUGUAUAGACUCCUGGUUUGAGAUUAAUCGGUCCUGCCCUGAGCAUCCUUCAGACUGACUGACCUCUGUGCUGCUACUACUACUCCUUCAAGGGCACUUUAUGGUCCAACCAUGGAUAACUGGAUACUGAAGUAACCAAAAAAACGAAACAAUCAAAACAACCAAUCAAUUGAUCUAUCAAGAAAAUUCCUAGCAAACUGAACCAAAAGAAGAAACAUCAAGCCAAUACUGUCACUUCCACAUGCAUUACAGAGUGCCCCUCCUCCCUGCCCCUUCAGCCCUAGAGACUGCCAGUCGGGCCCAACCAGGCUGACCAUCCCUCCAGACAAACUGCCUCAUCAGGCCGCUUGUCCCCCCCCCACCCCAGCCAGCCAGUUGCCCCACCACAUGCCCUGGCCCCCUGCUCUGCCCUCCAUUCUGCCUCCAGAGUCUAGCGCUCCCUGUCACUCAUCUGGAUCCAGUCCUCACAUGGCCUUCACCGGAAGAGACAGGGGAGGAAGAAUCGGGCUGGAUGCACCCUGUGUGCCAGGGAAAGGUCGACUCCCAGGACGUUGUCUGAUCAUCAGACAGAAGCCCCCAAUCACUAUAGUUACAGCACCCACCCACUCACUCAUUAGCUGGAGUCACAUGUGCUUCUCUUAGUCUUCGCUUUGAGGUGGAGUAGCGGUGUGUGAGAUGCCGAAUUGGUGGGGCAGGCAGGGUCUGUCUGUGUAGGUUUCUGUGUGUGUGGGUGGGUGGUGUCAGGGGUGUAGUUUAUGCUUCUCUAUGUGUUUGGGCAGUGAAGAUGCCAGUCAAACUACACUUGUUUUGUGUGUGGAAGGGGUACAUUGUUUAUGCUUGGUGGUGUGUGCUUGUGUGUUGUAGGGGGCAGUUGGGGUUCGUUGGUUUACGUUCUUCUAUGUGCUGGGGAUGAUGUCAGUCACCAUACCUGUGGUGUGGUUGGGGUGGUGAUGAUGAUGUCAGUCACCAUACCUGUGAUGUGGUUUGGGCGGUGAGGAUGAUCUCUGUAGUGUGAGAGCCUGAUUUGCUAAAGGGUCAAAUAGAAGUCUGAGACAAUACUGUGUGUUGGUCUGUGUUUGAAACGUUUACAAUUUAGAUGUCCAUUUUCCCUGUGUGAAUGUGUCAUUUCUCCCUUUAUUUCGCUAAUGUUUACAGUUACAGAAAAUCAACAUGACAUAUUCUAUGUAGUUAUUUUUGUCCACCAGGUUUUUGCUGUGAUGGGGACACUGAUCAGAAUGAGUCAUUUCUUUGUAGGGGCCGUGAGUGUGUUCAUGUGAGAGUGUGUUCAUGUGAGAGUGUGUUCAUGUGAGAGUGUGUGUGUGUGUGAUGCAUCUUGGCCUAAGAGACUGUCUGUGCCCAUAUGCUAACUGCUGAAAUUGGUAAUGUCCCCCCUCUGGUUGUGUUGACUUAUUGUAAUGGAGGUGUUCAAGACCCAUCAACCCAAACAUUUUAGUGCUAUUCCAGGGUUACAACUGAGCUAUUCCGGGGUUACAACUGAGCUAUUCACAUUUAAGAUUUGUUUUUCCAAAUCGGUCAGAACUCACAGUACUCUUCAGAAUGCCUCUAAUGUAUAAAUAAUAACAGCAUGGUGGUUCUGUGAGGGGGGGGGGGGGAAGACUGAACAAAUGGGUGAAUAUUAUAUUUUCUUCCAUUUGUGCUAGAUUAAAAUGUAGAGAAUAGUAUUUUUGCAGGGUUAUCUGCUUCAUACCCGUGAGGGCCCUACAAAAACCAUUUAUUAAGCAAGCAGACAACCACCAAGCUUCUCAGACACAGGGGAGACAGACUACUAGUCAGUUAUGAUAUAAACUAUAUAACUUAACGUCUCCUGCUAACUGUAGCCCUGCUCAACGCUCUAAAGGGCCAUACCUUCAUUUCUUGCUUUAUUUCGUUUUAAUGUCUUGAUUACUUUUUUUUCCAAGGAUGUGAAUGGAUGCCUGUUUGAGGUAUCAACUAAUUGUCUCAUGAUUUUGAUGUGCAAUGAUACAUAUAAUAAUAAAAGUCUAAAUAAACAUG